AUGGAAGAUGGAAAGUGCUCAAAACACUACCCAAGGAGUUUCCAGGAAACAACAACUGUGAAUGAUGAGGGGUAUGCACUAUAUAGAAGACGUAAUAAUGGGCAUACAGCAACAAAGAAUGGUCAAGUUCUGGAUAACAGGUUUGUAAUCCCAUACAAUAUUGAUCUGGUGGUGAAAUUUCAGGCCCACAUAAAUGUGGAAUGGUGCAACAAAGAUAGGUCACUGAAAUACUUAUUCAAGUAUAUGAACAAAGGCCCUGACAUGGCACUUGCAAGAAUUGAACAGGCUCGGGAAGGAAAUAAUGGCAACGAAGCACAAAACCACCAGGAGCAAAGGCUAACGUUUCAUUUGGAGGGUCAUCAAGAAGUCAUUUUUGAAGACCAUGAGCACUUGGACGAUGUCCUGGAAAGAGUUGGGGCAAAGAAAACAACAUUGACAGAGUGGAUGACGGCUAACAGGAUGUAUCCAGAAGCGCGCGAACUCACAUAUGCAGACUUCCCAACAGAAUGGGUAUGGUUAAGCGACGAGAAAAGAUGGAAGCCUAGAGAAAACGGGAACAGCAUUGGAAGGAUAUACUUUGCACACCCUGCCUCCGGGGAGAAGUACUACUUAAGAUUGCUUCUGAAUAUUGUCAAAGGUGCCACAUGCUUCGCAGACAUCCGGACGGUGAAUGGAAUCAUACAUCCUACAUACAAGGCAGCAUGUCAUGCCCUUGGGCUUCUUGAUGGGGACAAUGAAUGGCACGAGGGAUUAGUUGAAGCAGCCACAUGGUCUAACGGCCCACAAUUGCGGGAACUCUUUGUUACAAUGCUCUUAUUCUGUGAAGUGUCAGACCCAAAAGAGUUGUGGGAAAAGCAUUGGACAGACUUAUCGGAUGACAUAGUUUACCGACAACGUCAAAGACUGGGAAUUGCAGACCUAAGUCUAACAGAAGAUCAGAUUCAGAACUACACCCUCUAUGAGAUUGAACAACUACUAAAUAGAGACAAUAGAAGCCUCAAAGACUACCACGGCAUCCCAUUACCAAAUGCAGCCCUACUUCAAGAAGCAGGAAAUAGGAUGCUACUGGAAGAGCAUAACUACGACACAGAAUCAUUGGCUAGCGAUGCUCGCGAUUUAGAAAAGGGCCUUAAUGAUGAACAAAGACAUGUUUAUGACAACAUCCUUCAAGCCGUGUACGAGAGUAGAGGUCAACUAUUCUUUGUCUAUGGUAGUGGUGGCACAGGGAAGCCAUAUCUUUGGAGAGCAUUAAUAUCCAAGCUUCGCUCUGAAGAACAAAUAGUACUUGCAGUGGCAUCAUCAGGAAUAGCAGCUUUACUACUCCCUUCUGGCCGCACUGCCCAUUCCAGGUUCAAAAUCCCACUGAUCUUACGUGAAAGUUCGUGCUGCAACAUUGACCAAGGCUCUGACCUCGCAAAACUAAUCCGGCGAACAAAGCUCAUAAUAUGGGAUGAGGCUCCCAUGGUACAUAGGCAUGGCUUUGAAGCACUUGACCGAACUUUUCGAGAUGUAAUGCAGCUUCAUGACCAAUCGUCAAAGGACAAAGUUUUUGGAGGCAAGGUAGUAGUCUUAGGAGGGGAUUUUCGGCAAAUACUACCUGUUGUUCCAAAAGGAGGACGAGUAGAAAUUGUAGAUGCAUCUGUGAGCAAAUCCAAGACCAUAUGGCCAGAGUGCAUUGUCCACACACUAAGGACAAACAUGCGGAUAAAGCGGUCAAACCUAGACCAAGUCGAUAUAGAGCGAUCAGAAUUCAGCAAAUGGGUUCUAGAUAUGGGAAACAGGCAUAUUCCAGCAACAACAAAAGAAGGCGAGGAUGAACCGACAUGGAUAGAAAUACCCGAGGACUUACUUAUAGAUGGAGAUGAUCCUAUUGCUGCAUUGGUGGAAGAGGUGUACCCGGAAAUUUUGCACAGGCACAUGGACCCAAAGUACCUCCAACAACGGGCCAUACUUGCUCCAAAAAAUGAAACAGUUGACAAGAUCAAUGGAUACAUACUACAACUGAUCCCAGGAGAGGAAAUAACCUACAAGAGCGCAGACAGAAUCUGCCCAGCAACAACAGGUGGGAGAAAUGUGCAAUCACUGUAUCCUACUGAAUUCCUCAACAGCCUCCAAUUUCCGGGUGUGCCCAAUCAUGAAAUACACCUCAAAGUAGGGUGUCCUGUAAUAUUGUUGAGGAACAUAAACCAAAGAGAGGGACUAUGUAAUGGGACACACCUUAUUGUCACCAGAUUGAACCUUAGAAUCAUUGAAGCACAAGUUGUCACUGGAAUAAAUGCGGGCGACAUGGUCAGCAUUCCACGAGUAGAAAUGUCACAAUCAGAUUCAAAAUGGCCAUUCAUCUUAAAGCGCCGGCAGUUCCCAAUCAAAGUUUGCUUCGCAAUGACAAUCAAUAAGAGUCAAGGACAAACAUUCGACCAUGUGGGAAUAUACUUGCCAGAACCAGUAUUUAGCCAUGGCCAAUUAUAUGUUGCUGUAUCCAGAGUCACUGCACGGAGUGGACUCAAAAUCUGCAUCCCCAGAACAACCACCGAUGAACAACAAACUGGAAAAACAAAAAAUGUGGUUUACAAAGAAAUAUUCAAUGAUCUUUAA